AUGUGCAACUUUAGCUUAACUGUACGACAACGCCAAUCAAACAAUCACUCUCUCUCUCCUUUCUUUCUCCUUUCUCUCUCUGUAACAGUUUUGAGUUGAACCAUGUCUUGGUGCUUCUACUACUACCCCACAUUAUUCAUCAUAGCUUUUUCAUUCUGCAUUUCUCAAACUCUGGCAGCCAAAAUCUCACAAACCCACAAUUCUCUUCCAUUCAUUUGGCCUCUUCCUGCAAAAUUUACUUUCGGCAAUGACUCUCUCUCCGUUGAUCCAUCACUUUCUCUCAUCGGAAACGCUGCUGCUUCUGCCAUUGUCCGAACUGCUUUUGAUAGAUACAAAGGGAUAGUGUUCAGAAAUGGUAACAGCUUCGGUGGUUUUCUUAGAACAGUCACGGUUGAUUAUGAUGUUACCAAAUUGAAUGUUGUUGUGAAUUCCAAAAGUGAAGAGCUUCAACUUGGAGUAGAUGAAAGCUAUAACUUGUUUGUUUCAAAAGACACUACUGGUUCUGGGAAAGUGACCAUUGAGGCAAAUACUGUUUUUGGGGCAUUGCGUGGAUUAGAGACGUUCAGCCAAUUGUGUUCUUUUGAUUAUUCAACCAAAACAGUACAAAUAGACAAGGCACCUUGGUCCAUCCGAGAUAAACCGAGAUUUCCAUAUCGUGGUCUCAUGUUGGAUACAUCAAGGCACUAUUUACCAGUUGAUGUAAUUAAGCAGAUAAUUGAAUCUAUGUCUUACGCCAAACUUAAUGUUUUACAUUGGCACAUCAUCGAUGAUCAGUCGUUUCCUCUUGAAGUACCUACGUAUCCAAAAUUGUGGAAAGGUUCAUACUCAAAGUGGGAACGUUAUACAGUAGAGGAUGCAUACGAAAUUGUCAACUUUUCCAAAAUGAGAGGCAUAAAUGUGAUGGCAGAAGUGGAUGUCCCUGGUCAUGCAAAAUCAUGGGGUACUGGAUAUCCUGAUCUUUGGCCAUCGCCGUCUUGUAGGAUGCCACUAGAUGUUUCAAAGAAGUUUACUUUUGAUGUCCUUUCAGGCAUUCUGACAGAUAUGAGAAAAAUAUUUCCAUUUGAACUAUUUCACUUGGGUGGUGAUGAAGUACAUACAGGUUGUUGGACCAAUACUUCUCAUGUGAAUAAAUGGCUAGAGAACCUCAACAUGACUGCUAAUGAUGCUUACGAACAUUUUGUACUGAGGGCUCAAAACAUGGCCCUUUCGAAAAACUGGAGUCCUGUGAACUGGGAAGAAACCUUCAAUACGUUUCCAACAAAGCUGCAUCCACGGACUGUAGUGCAUAACUGGUUGGGCCCGGGGGUUUGUCCAAGGGUUGUUGCGAAAGGCUUGAGGUGUAUUUUCAGUAACCAAGGUGUGUGGUAUCUUGACCAUCUAGAUGUCCCUUGGGACGAGGUCUAUAAUGCUGAGCCACUAGAAGGAAUACAUAAAGCUUCUGAACAAAAACUUGUUCUUGGAGGAGAAGUUUGCAUGUGGGGUGAGACAGCCGAUACAUCAGAUGUUCAGCAAACAAUAUGGCCUCGAGCUGCAGCUGCAGCAGAACGUUUGUGGAGUGAGAGACAAUCCACUUCAACUGGAAAAAGUGACUCAACCGCAUUGCUCCGGUUGCAAUACUUCAGAUGUCUGUUGAAUAGAAGAGGGGUUCCAGCUGCUCCAGUCACAAAUUUUUAUGGUAGAACUGCUCCUAUUGGUCCAGGCUCAUGCUUUGACCAAUAACUUUAACAUGCUUCAUUUGUGUAAUAAGUGUAGAUUGUUCUUGGAAGUAACUCAUGAAUAUGCCUGGUUAUGAGUUAGAAUUCUUGUAAUAACUUGAUUUUAACUCCUUGUAAGCUUUAAGUUAAUGAUGUCAGAGCUUUGCUGAAUGAAUGGACCAUAAUCAUGUAAGUUAUUAAUGUAUUCAAUUCAAUAAUAAGAUUUGUUUAAUUGUCUCUUUA